AAAAGGAAUGAUAGAUUUAUUCCGUGAUGACUAAGUACAUAGAGUCGCCAUCUUGAACAAACUAAGCACGUCUAAACAGGCUGUCAAGGUCGAAAGGUCCAUUUUGUCCAGUGUUUUCCAAGCGCCAUUAAACCUAUCAGCAGGGACUGAAAAAAAUAAGGCACUGUCAACAUGAGAGGAAUGAAAACAGCCCCUGUCUGGAUGCAAAUCUUAUUUAUUGCAUUCGUUGGCAGGGUCAGAACACGUGAAGAGCCUCCACUAUGUCCAGCAGGCAUGUACAUGGACCAAAAAGAAGGUUGUGUAUCAUGCCCAGUGGGGACAUAUUCGCCUGUACCAAACACAUUCACGAGGUGUUUACAACACACACAGUGUGAUGUACAAAAUAUGAUUUCAUCACUUGGCACUGCUACACAUGACACCGUGUGUAGGUGUCUUCAUGGGUACCAUUGGGAUGAUGCAACAGAGACCUGUACCCGGAAUCUGUACUGCCCCCCUGGGGAAGGAAUCGUCGAUGGUGGUCAAGCGUGCACAGCAUGCAUCAACGGCACAUACAGCGACGAACUGUCAAAUACUGAGCCAUGUAUCCCAUGGACAGACUGUAGUGACUUCGGAUGGACAGUCAUCUCAGAGGGUACAUCAAAGAGUGAUCGGGUGUGUUCCGGCCUAAAUAGAACAGUUGAACCUACCACAACGAACCCUGCCGUCGCUGGAAAUCAACUAAGCUCUAAAGAUAAAGAAGAGGCCAUGGAGAGGCAGAUGUCGACUCCCUCUACGCCGAGCACAAUGGGAGUUAGCAUUAUCGUGUUGUCUUCUGUUUCCACUUUGGGCAUCUGCAUUCUCCUAUCCUGGAAGGGAUACAAGCAUUGUGCACGGAAGAGACAAGUACCGGAAGUACUGUUAACCGAUCAUACAGCUGAAGAAGCAAUAUUGGUGAACGAAGCUCCUGUUGACAAAAUUGAGGAGUCUGUCGAAUGUGAGGAUGAUAGUCUACACACACAUCCAAAAGAAAAAGAGUGUUUUUCAGCUUGUGACGAACACUCAGAUAGCCAAAGACUUCUAGAUCCAACAAGUGAUACACGUCCCCAAUGCCCAGACUCUGGCUAUGAGAAUACGGGCUGUGAAGGUCUAGAAGACGAGGGACCAGCCACUGAAAGUGAAAACCACAGGGAGCGAUCAACUGCCCAAGUGAUCCCUCAGGUUUACACUGUGGACAGCACAGUUUCCCCUGUUGCUUCUACCGCGGCAUCAUCUGUGCAGACGUCUCCAUCAAGCUUGGACUAUCGAGAAGGGGCACAGAGGUUUGUCCUAGGAGUCUAUUCUGAUGCUCUGACGGUCGAAGUUGUGGAAUAUCUUGCGACAGAACUUGGAGAAGACUGGAAAUAUGUAGCCCCUAACUUAGGUCUAAAGCAGCACGAGAUCGACCAAAUUAUCAAUGAACAUAGAGAUGACAUAAAACAGCAAAUCUUUGCCAUGCUUUGCAAUUGGGAACAGGACAAAACAGGCGACGCUACAAUUUCGGAUAUGAAGGAGACACUUUUGACGUGCAAUAGACUUGAACUGUUAAGCCGCCUGCAGACCUUAAAUGGCCAUGCUGUGACAUAGAAAGGACUGGAUCAGUAAAGUGUUUCGUUCAUUAUCACCAAUGAUACAAAUUCCGACUUUAAAUACUGCUAUUGAUUCCUUGUAAUUUUAACAUAGUUUACAGUAAUUCCUACAAAUGAAUGGACUAUUAUAGUGAAGUUAAAAAUAGUCCCUUACAUGUUUUAUCAAUCAUUUAACUCAUUUCCAAAUACGAGAACAGAUCACUCAUACAUGACUGUGCUGUUAUCGAUAAUAUUUUGUUGUUCUGUAUGUAGCCUCGUACAGCCUAUAUAGCUAGUAAUUGUUAUUGGUUGCUAUUCAUUCAUUUAACAAGGUAAAACAAAAGAAUCAUAAAAAACACAUCUGUAAUAUAGUUGUACAAAAUGAGAUCCAUUUUGUGUGUAUACUAUUGUGGUGUCAACGUAGGUAGAUGUGUUACAAGGUUACGUGCUAUAUUGCAAAAUAUGUACAAAAUGUAAUACGUUAUGUAUCUUGUGUAUUUUAGUGUGAUAGCUCUGUAGUUUCCUUGUCUGUCAUGUGAUAGUGUAUGAUGUACUUGUAUAUGUGUGCUUCAUGUAUAGGGUCACAGGGAGAAAAGCUUACAGAAAUUUAAAGCUAAUUUUGGAUCCAAAUAAGGUGAAAGAUUACAUGAAUCUAUGUGUGCUGACGCUAAGUGUAUCUACAUUUAUUUGAAUGUUAUCUGCGUGCUUAUUCGAUAUUCUACUUCUUUACCUUGGAUUUCUACUCCAGAACAUUGUCAAUAAGUAUCUCUUCUUUUGUGAUUAGUAUAUUUCAUUUCUGCAACCUUCACUUGGGCAUGAUGACAUCAGUUGUAAAAUGGAUGGCGAGCAGAGCUCGAGCUCGAUGUUAGAGCACUUCGAAUUUAAAAUGUUAAACGUUUCCUACUUUCUAUUUUUCGGGGUCUAUUUGGAAUCUAUUAUAUUUUAUCUGAAUAAAGGAUGCAUCAAAAUGUA